AUGAAAUUUCAGAUUACCUCUAUCUUUUUCCUCUGGGUCUUUCUACCGGGAGCUCUCCUGACGGGAUGUUACAUUGAAGGUUUAGGACAAAUUAACCAACCAGAACAUCUUAAAUGUCUACGAGAUAUCAAGCAUUCAGAUGCAACUGAUAGUAAGAGAUGCUCUGAUUCGAUUUGGUUUAAGGAAAAACGAGCUUGGCUUGAUUUAGAAACUUGUUACGAACGUUGCUUGAGUUGUGUUUUUACUGGUAUCUUUGCUAAUGCUACUUCAGUCAGCUGUCACGAGCGUGUAUUCCUUGGAUAUUGUUCAAUGGGUUAUCGUCUUGGUCAUUGA